AUCUGGUCGCUGGUCUCAGACACUUUCUAUAUUGUAAUCAUGUCUGUCCUUGGAUCACUGAUUUUCUGCACCGACUGCGGCAAUUUGCUCCGAGAAUCUACGGGCAAUGCAAAUGCGGUGCUGCACUGUGAUGUCUGUGGGGCUCGGAAUAAGGAUACAAUCCCCCAAACCAUCGUCUCCGAGUCCAAGCCCUCCGCAUUCCCAUCUGCUCUGAGAGCCAAGCGAUCUGCAGUCCAGACCUUGUCCGCCGAAGAUCGCAAAACGGAGGCUAUCACAGAACACACAUGCAAUCGGUGUGGGAGGAAAGAGAUGUUCUAUACCACAGUACAGCUGCGCAGUGCUGAUGAGGGAAGUACGGUGUUCUACCGCUGUGUCUGUGGUUACAAGUAUGCCAUCCUACCGAGGUGUCUUUUGACAUAUAUCCUGGACCAACAUGCUAAUGGUGUUAUUUUCUAG